UUGCAGCGUCGCAGCAAAUCACGACCAGAGCCUUGUCGGCCCGACCUCUGUGCCUCUGUGCUGCAUGAUGCGAGCAAGAUCGCUCUGUGGUGGCCCAGUCCGUAGCCAUUUUGGCUCAAGCGCGCGCCAGCACCCACAGCAGAAGCCGCCCCGCCGCUCCGCGGCGCUUUCUGCGCCGCCAUGGCGCCCGGCGGGCAGAAGGCCGCCUCCGUCGGCGCGGUCCUGGAAGGCCUGUUGGACCGGGAGUCGUCCUCUGGCGUCUGCGGCGUCGUCUGCCUCGACCACCGAGGAUUCACCGUGGGCCAGCGGGGCGACCUCGUGCCCGCCCAGGCAUCGCGCUUGGCCGACAUCGCCACGGAUUGCGCGCAGCUGAAGCCAGGCGCGGCACAGCCACCUCUGGUGGUUGUUGAGACCACCAUGCGGACGAUCUCGAUCGCAACCCGUGAUGACUUGAUUGUGGCCGUCACCCGCAAGCCCGCGGAGCGCUGAGCGGACGCCAGCGCGGGCAGGCUGCGGCUUUCGGGUGCGAGCUCGGGCUGCUCGCAGCGACGACGACGGUGACGAUGAUGAUGUGAUGCUUGGUGGCGAUGACGAUCACGAGGGUGAGAUCGGGCCCGGCCGCCAGAGGCAUCACGUUGUUCCUCCUCCUCGCCCUCCUCUUCCUCCUUCUCCCCCUCUUCCUCCUUCUCCUCAUCCUCAUCCUCUUCCUCCUC